UCUUACCAGCAAAACAUGAAAUCCAAGAUAUUCUCUCUUCCUUUCCUCCUCUUUGUUUUUAGUUUCUCCCACUUCCUACACGGUUACGUUUCUAGUGAUCCUUACCUUGAAGAAUUGGGUCAUCAUGCUGGCUACUACAGCUUGCCAAACGCCAAAUCAUCCAGGUUGUUCUAUUUCUUCUUUGAGUCACGGAACAACAUAACGGAUCCAGUUGUGAUCUGGCUGUCGGGUGGACCGGGUUGUAGUAGCAGCUUCGGUCUGUUGGCUGAGAAUGGUCCAUUCACUCUAAAUGAGGAUCUCUCACUCUCUCGGAACGAGUAUAGUUGGAACCAGGUCUCCAAUAUAAUUUACGUUGACCAACCCGUUGGGACAGGUUUCAGUAGCGUAUCAGACACUGACGUUCUCCGGCAUGACGAAACUGGUGUGAGCAACGACCUCUACAACUUCCUUCAGGUGUUUUUCAAGGAGCAUCCGCAACUCGUGAGGAACGAUUUCUAUAUCACGGGCGAAUCUUAUGCAGGCCAUUACAUUCCAGCUUUGGCUUCUCGCAUUCACACUGGAAAUAAGAACAAUGAAGGGAUUCCAAUAAAACUUAAGGGUAUUGCGAUUGGUAACGGCUUAACCAACCCCGAGAUCCAGUAUGGUGCAUAUGGGGAUUAUGCACUGGAAAUGAAGUUAAUCUCCCAGUCUGAUCAUGAAAGUCUCAACCAAGUCUACGUUAACUGUCAAGGCUCCAUAAGAGAAUGCAAUAUUGAUGGUGGUUUAGCGUGUGCUUCUGCUUACCACGUCUGCUUCCAAAUCCUUGACUAUAUCAAAUCCGAAAACAAAGACAUGAAUCCCUAUGAUGCGAGGAAGAAAUGUGGGGAGCUGAUGUGUGAUGUCAAUUCCAAUCUGGAGAAAUUCUUGAACCAAGAGAAUGUAAGGAAAGCGUUAGGAGUUGGAGAUAACGUUUUUGUAUCGUGCAAUGCUACAGUUUAUGUUGCGAUGAUAGAGGAUUGGAUGAUUAAUCUCGAGGUUAAGAUCCCAACUCUUAUCGAAGAUGGAAUCAGCCUUCUAGUUUAUGCCGGAGAAUAUGAUUUGGUUUGUAAUUGGCUUGGUGGGUUGAGCAGAUGAAUUGGUCAGGCCAGAAGGAAUUUGGAGCAGCCAAGACAGUGCCGUUCAUGGUAGAUGGUAAAGAAGCCGGUGUAAUGAAGAAUCACGGUCCUCUCAUUUUUCUUAAGGUUCAUGAUACACAUGGUUCCGAUGGAUCAGCCAAAGGCUUCUCUACAAAUGCUUCGGACUUGGAUGCAAGGAAAGCUCGCUAAUCAAACUGGUGCGAUAGUUCGUCACUGAUUCUAAUGUCCAAGCUGAAUAUAUUGUUAAAAUAAAAUAAAACGUGUCUUCUUAGUUAUCACUCUCUUACAAGUUGUCCAAGCCCUAUCGCUGAGAUGGAUUAGCAAUAUAUGAUAAGUAUGUUUGAGUUAAAAAACAAAUGGUGUCAUUUUCUUUAAACAAGAAAGUAUUUUCAAUAACCAAAAUAUUUCGUUUCCAGUUUCCAUAGUAUAUUUUAUUUUUAAUGGGUUAAUAUUCAUUCAAUUGUUAAGAAUUGGAAGUAGGCGAAAAUAUAGCAUUUGGAUCGAAAGUAAAUUUAGUUAAAAGAACAUCUCCAUAGGAAUCUUGUCCCAAGCAUUCUUCUUACUGUUCCAACGGUAAAACCCAUCGUCUUUGGCAACGACGACACAGACAUCUUUACACACGACCGGCUCUCGGUAUGAGCUGUUCAAUACGUACCAUGGCUGAGAACGCAAGCCCCGUGAUUCGCGGUAAAACGUACCUACGCAAUUCAUCUCCUGCGACACUCUGAAUCCCGCCGGUUUAUCAUUUUGUCCAGCAGUGGGUGUGAUAUCAUUAGUCGCACUUGGUUCGCUAGUAGGUGUAAUCUCUAUCAUCAAGAGUUGACCCAAAGGUACGGGUUUAUACAUCGUUGGAGCUGAGCCUUUACACGUGACGAAGACGGGAACAUUAGCACUUUUCUGCAUCUGGUUGGAUACGAUAAGAGUGGCGGCACGUGCAGGUCCGGAGCUAGCAAAGAUCAACAGGGUCAUGAUCGAUACCAUUAUAACAGUGUCCAUGUAUUUUGAUUUUGUGGAAAAGGUGCGUUAUGUAGUGGAAGUAUACAAAAUCUUUAUGUUUGGUGAACUACUAGAAGUCUAUGAAUCAUUAUAUAUAUAUGGUCUCGCUUCGGUUUCUCAAAUCUGGAGCAUUGACAACAUGUAGUACGUUUUAAAUUGAAGGGUGAUUAAUAAAUAAUACUACUCUUUCCGUUUCA